UUGACAUCCAGGACCGCGCGCGACUAACCUCGUCAAAAAUUCAAAAUUCACCAGUGCGCGAUUCGGUCAAUUUGCAUCACGAUGUCCCACUCGGUCAGCGGACGAGAUUUCACUCAUCGCAUCUACAACGUGAACGUGAUAGGUAUCGAGGUAUCCUGGUAGAGUCUCCGGAUGGAACCAACAGCCGCGAGAACGUGUAUCCUCACCGUCGUUUGAGUGGAUCCUUCGCGUAUCUCGAGGACUCUGCGUAUUCGGAACUUCGCAACAGGGGCGGCGGCAGCGACGACGACGACGACGACGACGACAAACAAAAUUCCGCGAAGAGCGUCGAAGAUAAGCAGAAAUCUGUGAAACGUAUCUCCUCGCAUACGUGCUCCUGUCGCAUUAAGAAACAAACUCUACGCAUCCGUGCAGACGCAUGGAACGUUUUUGGGAGCAAUCCAAGUCAUCAUGAACUCCGACUGGCGGUAGACAGAAAAGAAGGUGAAGCAGAUGUGACGACGCCCGAGGAAACAUCGCGCGAAAAAUCGGAAGCAUACGCAAUGGAAGCGACCGAGAGCGAUUCGACUACGAAGAUCGUUGCGGCGGUAUCCUCAAUAACGAUGGGAGCAAAUCCCGUUGCGCAUUCUUCGCAAAACGAUCCGAGCGAACCAGUGGCGUCGACUUCCAGAUGGGUAGCGCCGUUUGUAUCGUCCGGGAAAUUGCGAAAAAAUCGUCCCGGUUUCAGAUGGCCAAAAUGCGCGAGAAAACUCGCGCCUGUGUUUAAAAGACGCGGAGGAAGGAGGAGUGUCGGAAAAGCGGCGGAACCGUCUACGAUCGCUAUUACCAGCGCCAGCGACGGAAUGAAGAUUACGCAAAUAGAGUCGUUCACUGCGCAAACCGCUCGUAAGGACAAUGAAAGUCGGCCCUGCGUAAACACUCGAGUGCAAACACUCGACACGAUUGUUACGAGGAUCUUAUCGGAGUUCUUUGUCGCCAACGGGACGAAAAAGAAGACGAAGAAGAAGAUGCUGAUGAGUAUAACGCUGCAAUCGGAAUCGGACGACGAAAUCGUGUCGUCAAAAGAGACGGGAACGCAAACCUCGACGAACCCCGUUGUUUCCACGGAGACGUUUAACUCGCCGGAUAUAUAUCGGCCACGUCCCGUGUGUCCGGUUUUAGACGCGUCAAGAAUCGUACAGUGUCUCGAUUGCAACAAGUCCGAAUGUUACGAGAUAAAACGUUCCCUCGAUUCGAUCAGUUUAGAGGAAACGCUGGCUGUGGAAUAUCCGGAAAGGUCCGAAUUCGACGGCUACGUGGCUGAACCGAAACGAGCUGAUGAAUUUUCGGGAUAAUUCACUAUCAGAGAUAUUUCCAGCAGAUAAUAACGCAGCUUCUAGAUCGUUUAAGAAAGCAAAGUAAAGACUCGGACGAGAUCCUGGCGGAGCAUCGUCGGCAAGUCGCCUGCGAGAAAGAAC